AUGGACGGUGGCCAGACCUCUUCCAAUUCCGCCCCCGCUGGGAACUCUAGCGACUUUGUACGCAAAUUGUACAAAAUGCUGGAGGACCCAACCUACGCGUCUAUUGUACGCUGGGGAGAUGAAGGUGAUUCAUUUGUGGUGCUGGAGUGCGAGAAAUUUACCAAGACCAUCCUACCAAAACACUUCAAACACAGCAACUUCGCCAGUUUCGUUCGCCAGUUAAACAAAUAUGACUUCCACAAGGUCCGCCAGAACAAUGAAGAAAAUGGCCAGUCGCCAUACGGACAGAAUGCAUGGGAAUUCAAACACCCCGAGUUUCGCGCAAAUAGUAAAGAUUCCCUCGACAAUAUUCGGCGCAAGGCCCCCGCGCCACGAAAACAAACCCAACCCAGCGAUGAUUCCGUACCCACCCAACAGAUUGAUCUACUGAACCAGCAGAUUGUCGCCCAACAGCAGCAGAUCCAACAUUUAUCAGAUCGCUAUGCCCAGCUCACCGUCGAUCAUUCGCUCAUGCUCCAGGAAGUGAUGCGCGUGCAGAAGACAGUUUUGAAUCACGAGAAUGUCAUGAACCAAGUGAUGACCUAUUUGCUCUCGGUGGAUGCGCGCCAACGACGGGAUAACAAGGGCGUCUCCUUCCAAGGCGGAACUACCAUGAGUCCUUCUCAGGCGGGCACAGUGGACGACGAACCCUCAUCGCCUCUCCAGCAAGCCUCGAAGCUCCUGAACGACAUGAACGCUGAACUCCAAUUCAAUAUGAACGGCAAUAUGAACGGCGUCGACUCGAUGAACGAUCCCCAAAAGGCCGUCGUUUCGACCCCUACAAUUGAUCCGAAUGCGCGAAACGGUGCGAUCCGUCCCCCGACUGCCGCACCUCAGAACCCCGCAAUUGUUUACCCUAAGAUGGCCGGCGACCUGGAACAAGUAGUGUAUCCUGUGGGCGCCACGAAUGGCAUCGAUCCCAUGUACAGCGAGCAUAUCAACAAUGUUCCGUACCCGAUGCCUGCCAAGCAAGAAAUGGAUCCCGCAGAUGCUCGUCGGCAAUUCCCCGACAACCGAAAGAAAAGCACGAACGUGGACCCCGGUUGGGUGCGCAGCCCGCAGAUCCUCUUGGUUGAGGACGAUGCUACAUGUCGGCAAAUUGGUGGGAAAUUCCUGUACUCUUUCUCAUGUGUUAUUGAUACUGCGUUCGAUGGCUUGGAGGCUGUGAACAAGAUUCAGGGUGGCUCAAAAUACGACCUCAUUCUGAUGGAUAUCAUCAUGCCCAAUUUGGACGGUGUAUCGGCAUGCCAUCUCAUCCGCCAGUUCGACCGCACUCCUAUCAUCGCCAUGACCUCGAACAUCCGAAGUGACGAUAUCCAGCUUUACUUCCAACACGGAAUGGAUGACGUGCUUCCGAAACCAUUCACUCGCAAGAGUCUUCUUGAGAUGCUUGAGAGACAUCUGGACCAUCUCAAGCUCUCCCCACAAAAUCCCGGAAUGGAACCAGUACAACCUUCCGCAGCCGCCGUGACCAUGGCAGCUGCAGCUCAAAAUUCGGCCGCUCAGUCUAUCAAAGAAGAUAGCUCCCCAGGCCAGUCCCCCGCUGGCUCCAUGACCAACUGGCAAUCCCCCGGCCAAUUCCAGAACAUGCAGGCCGUGCCAUCAAACAUGCCCCCAGUCCAAGGACCAUACGUCACCGCUCAACCGGCUGCCUACACUGUUGAUCAGAAUGGCGUCCAGUACCCAGCACCACCGCCCCCAGUCGGAGUCCCCUCGGCAGGGGCUCCCGUCCGCCCUCCGCAUCGCCGUCAGAUGUCCGACAUGUCCAGCGCCACCGAUAACCCCAACAUGCCGAAACGGCAGCGCAUGUACUCUCAACCUCAACAACCAAUGCUUGCUGUGCAAGCUGGUCGACCUGGUUAA